UCGCCUUGUAUCGUCUCGAAUUUCUUUUGGGAGUCAGUCCACGCAAAUAGUGCGUGUUAUUCAAAACAAAAGAAUAUAGCCCGACCCUAGCUAGAACUAUGUGUAAGCACGUUUUGAAUGCCCAGGUCUCCAUCCGCUCGCCAUGCUGCCGGCGAUGGUUCGACUGCGCGCAAUGCCACCAGGAACAGGAAAACCAUGAGUUGUUGCAGUCGUUUGACAUGACAUUCGCCUGCAAGAAAUGCAAAAAAUGUUUCCGGAAGGAUGCGCGAGAAUUCGAGGAGAGUGACGAAUACUGCCCGCACUGCGAUAACCAUUUUGUCCUCGACGCGGUCACGCCCAAACCAGCCUUGAAGAUCGAGGGAGAGGAUGCCCGGAUUGAUUCUAGGAUGUUGAAGGAUGAACGAGUGCGGCAGGAGGAGGAGCGGACAAUUUUCAAUGUUAAGGAUGCGCCCAACCGGCUUGGAUAAGAUAAGGACAUGAUGUGGUGUUGUUGUGGUAGUUGUUUGGCGAAGUUUCAUGACGAUGUGACGAUAUAAUGUUUUCAAUUUUGCAUCGCUUCUUUCCUUCUUCUCAUCUUUGCUUCGUGUAAAUGCGAUUAUAUGAUACGACGUCAAAGAUAGCAUUGCCACAGGCAUAUUGGCAGGCCCAGAAACAUAGAGGGUUCAGAUCACGCAAAAUCCAUAUCCGGUAAGAAGUGAAAACACAAUACAUGCAUUACGG